GUCAGCUGACUUUCGCUGGAGCAGCUGUGUGCAGUCAGUCGCUCUCCGUCUAUCGCGCAUUCUCAUAAAGCAAACCAGCACAGACGACAGGGGAUCGGAGCCGAAAAUCCCGACGCAAAACCCUGAUCCGCUCAGGACAUUCAUCCAUCAGAAAACGCGACCAUGGAUCGUACGGUAUUCCCGCUGUUAAUGCUGACGACGUUAGCGCUCGCCAUCGAGGUGCCGUCGGAUGACUCAGUGGGCUUGUUGGCGGAGCCCCAGGUGGCCAUGUUCUGUGGGAAACUCAACAUGCACAUCAACGUCCAGAGUGGCAAGUGGGAACCAGAUCUGACUGGCACCAAGAGCUGCAUUGGCACCAAAGAGGGCAUCCUUCAUUACUGCCAAGAGGUUUACCCAGACUUGCAGAUUACAAAUGUAGUGGAGGCCAACAUGCCUGUCAGCAUCCAGAACUGGUGUAAAAUGGGUCGACGCCAAUGCCGCAGUCACACGCACAUUGUGGUUCCCUACCGCUGCUUGGUUGGAGAGUUUGUAAGCGACGCCCUGCUCGUCCCAGAUAAGUGCAAGUUCCUGCACCAGGAGCGCAUGGACAUGUGCGAGAGUCACCUGCAUUGGCACACAGUGGCCAAAGAGUCCUGUGGCGAUCGCUCCAUGAAUCUUCACGACUACGGUAUGCUUCUGCCAUGUGGCAUCGACCGUUUCCGUGGCGUCGAGUUUGUUUGCUGUCCUAUGGAGGAGCAGAAGGAGACGGACAGCGAGGAGCCGGAGGAGGGCAACUCGGAUGUAUGGUGGGGCGGCGCGGGGGCCGAGAACUCUGACAGCAGUGUGCUGAGAGAGCAAGCCACAACCAAGCCUGAGCCUGCCAUGACCGAGGAUGAUGAGGAUAUGAAUAAUGAGGAAGAGGAGGCCUGGGACAACGAUGAGGAUGGUGACGGCGAAGACGAUGAAGAUGAUGAAGAUGAGGAAGAUGACAAUAACGAAGACACCACAGAAGAACAAGACACCAGCGAGCAGACCUCCAACGUUGCCAUGACGACCACCACCACUACCACAACAGAGUCUAUAGAGGAGGUAGUGCGAGCGGUGUGCUGGGCCCCGGCUCGGACGGGGCCGUGCCUUGCCAAGCUUCCCCGUUGGUAUUUUGUGGCGGAGACAGGCCGAUGCACCCCCUUCACCUUCGGGGGCUGCGGGGGAAACCGUAAUAACUUUGAAUCAGAGGAGUACUGCAUGUCUGUCUGCAGCAGCAGUGUCUUGCCCACCAUGGCCCCGAGCCCUGCUGAUGCUGUUGAUCGCUACCUGGAAGCUCCGGGAGAUGUGAAUGAGCACACCCACUUCCAGAAAGCAAAGGAGAGCCUGGAGGCUAAACAUAGAGAGAAGAUGUCAGAGGUGAUGAGAGAAUGGGAGGAGGCAGAGAGGCAGGCCAAAAAUCUUCCUCGUGCUGAUAAGAAAACUAUAAUUCAGCGCUUCCAGGAGAGGGUGGAGGCUUUGGAGAAGGAGGCGGCUAGUGAGAGACAGCAGCUGGUGGAGACUCAUAUGGCACGAGUGGAAGCUCUCCUGAAUGACCGCCGCCGCCAGGCCCUGGAAAGCUACCUUAGCGCUCUGCAAUCUGAUCAGCCACGGCCCCGCCAGAUCCUCAGUCUGUUGAAGAAGUACAUACGGGCGGAGCAAAAAGACAGACAGCACACCCUCAAACACUUCGAGCAUGUGCGGGAGGUGGAUCCCAAGAAGGCAUCCCAGAUUCGCCCCUUCGUGAUGACCCACUUGCGUGUCAUCGAAGAGCGUAUGAACCAAUCCUUGAGCUAUCUCUACAAGGUUCCACAAGUGGCUAGUGAAAUUCAGGACCAAGUGGCACUGCUGGUGCAGCGUGACCAGGCAGAAGUCACCCAGCAGCUCUCCUCCCUCCAGAGUAAGAUGAGGGUAAGCUAUGGGAACGACGCCCUGAUGCCGGACCUGCCUGAUAGCACCACUCCCCUGGACAACCUGCCACCAGGGCAAGAUGGCCUGGGCUUCAUACAUCCCGAAAGCUUCAACCAGGCCAACACUGACAACCAUGUUGAACCCGUAGAUGCUCGUCCAAUUCCAGAUAGGGGUCUACCCACAAGACCUGAGAUUCCAAAAGUGCGUCUGGACAUUGAAGAAAGACACAAUGCUGGUUAUGACGUCCGUGAUAAGAGACUGAUGUUCCUUUCGGAAGACAUGGGCUCUAACAAGGGAGCUAUCAUUGGACUGAUGGUGGGCGGAGUUGUGAUCGCUACUGUCAUUGUCAUCACCCUUGUUAUGCUAAGGAAGAAGCAGUACACCUCCAUUCAUCAUGGGGUCAUUGAGGUGGAUGCGGCAGUGACUCCCGAGGAGCGUCACCUCACUAAGAUGCAGCAGAAUGGCUAUGAGAACCCCACCUACAAGUUCUUUGAGCAGAUGCAGAACUAAAGCACCACUUCAGUAUCCUGCACUCCCACCAACACCAUCACCCAAAUGCAUCAGGACAGACAACACAGACUGAUCCCUCACCUGCAUCAUUGGUCAGCUCUGUCACCAUGGAGAUACGAGUGGCUUCCAUCACCUGAUCGUUUCAUCCUUCUGAAUGAGCGUUGGUCUGCACAGAAAAUUGAUGUGUCAAGUGUUGCCCAUCCAGCCAUAUGUCAGUCUGAUGGUCCAUCUGUGCUCUCCCAUGCCGUGACAUGCUCGCUUCUGUCCAUCACAGAACUGUCCGGUGAAUCAGUUCGGUGUCUUCUGCUAUCUUUAUUUUGCUGUUUUCAUCUAUUCUAUUCAUAUUCCUUGGUACUUGCCAUCUUCAUUCCUUGUCUGUUUUUGACUCCAUAUGUAUUUUUAAUACACUUUUUAGUUAUUUUUUCCUCCUCUUUCCUGGGCACUCAGAAGAUGCAGUGCUGUUAUUGGCUGUAUAAAACGAACCCAACAACCACGUCCAGAAUAACAUUGUCAUCGUUAAACUUUCCAUUUCAGGAGAAAUGCGUCAUUCCACGUUUUUCUGUAUAAAAGCAAAAACGAAAAAAAAUCUAAAAUGUACAAAACACUUAUGGAGAUAAGAAAUGAAUGUCCGUUUUUAUUUUGUGUGUAAUAUGUAUUGAACUAAGGCGAAAACUAGCUGUACCUAUGUAGUGCAUGGCAAUUAUAACAGAGAGGGAUCCAGACACAAACUUUGACCUCUCUCUCAUGUAGAGAUUUUAGCUGGAUUGUACAUUUAAGUGUCUUCUUGUGCUCACAUAAUUUGAAAUAAGUGAAAAAUAUGCUUGGCUUCAUGAUCAGAGACAUGCUUUAAUUGAAGUUUUUUGGACCAUGCCAGACACACUUGAAUGGUUGCAUGGGGCUGCAAAAGAUGUAUGUAUUGUAUUAUGAUGUGUAAUAUUAGCCCACAUUUUAGCAUCCUUCACUUUGCAUUUUUAAGGGGUUCGCACCCUCAGGAAGUUUUAUUCCAUGUCAGGAUUUGGUAAGGGGCUGGAAAUCGAGAAGGGAAAGUGUGAUGCGGUGGGAUUUUGCUUUAGAAAUAUCACAAUUUUGGAUUGUUAUCCACGUUCCCCUUUGUAUUCCCCAGUGUCUGUGAUAUUCACGAACACAUUUUGGGACAGAACCACCUUAUUCCUCUGUUGUAUUGUUUCACUUAAGUAAUUCAUCGCACCUUAAAGGCAAGAUCAGGUGACCCACAGGAAGAAUGUCAGUGUGGACAAUAGGUGUGAAAUAUUAGCUAAAGCAGUUCAGCCUGCAUUUGUUUGAAAGAAUCUCUAAAAAUGUAUGAAGGAGGAAACAGAAGAAAACUGUUGUAAAAUACAUUAAGAUAGCCAUUAGAUGAUUCAAAUGUUAUGCAGUUAGUCCGAAGUGCACACUGCUCAUUAUUUUCCUGUAUAGAAUUAUAAUAUAAAUCUGGUGUUGUGCUGAUUAGUGGAUACUCUUAAGGUGAGUGUCUGUGGUCAGUUGGGAACAGAGAAAGCUCUUUCUGUAACCUUUUCCUUAAGUAUCUAUUCAAAUAAUUGGCUUAAAAGGGGGGAAGCUUUCUAAACUGUAACCCGUGAAUAAAGUUUUGAAUGUACAUACAAAA